AUGAUUAGAGGAACAAGAGGAUACAUGGCCCCUGAAUGGAUUUUCCAUUUACCAAUAACAUCUAAAGUAGAUGUUUAUAGUUAUGGGAUUGUUGUGUUGGAGAUGAUAACUGGAAAGAAUCCAACAUUAAUGAAUAUAGAAGGAGAGGAUGGAGAAAUGACAUACAAUGGAAGUUUAAUAAGUUGGGUGAGAGAGAAAAAGAGGAGUCAAUGUUGGGUGGAAGAAAUUUUGGAUCCAACAAUUGGGACUAGUUGUGAUUUAAGUAAGAUGGAUAUUUUGGUUAGAGUUGCUUUGGAAUGUGUAGAGGAAGAUAUGGAUAUUAGGCCUAAUAUGAGUCAAGUGGUUGAGAUGCUCCAAAAUAAUGAAAGAGUUGUUGAGUGA